CAUGUAGCUCCCCAUUCAUCCCUUACCACCUCCUCUCCCACACACUGCACCACUUGUUCAUAAAGUCUUCUCCAUUCUUCUCAUCCUUUCUCCCUGAUCUUUCUUAGCAUUCCCACAAUGGAUCCAUCUAAUAUUGUUCUCUUUGAUGGUCUUCAGAAAGCCAUUCAUGCAGAGAGUAGUACUAGUACUAGCACUACUACUACUACUACUACUACUACUACUACUAUUACUAGUAAUAGUGUCAUUGCUGCUGUGAAAGAAGAUGGAAAGAAAGAGUGUUUGGUGAUGGUCACUGAGGAGAGUGGUCAGAGAAAGGGAGAAGAUGAGGAGGACUGUGGAAGAGAGAGGCUGAAGAGACAUAGAGUUGAGAUGGCUGGUAGAGUUUGGAUACCUGAGAUCUGGGGACAAGAGAAUUUUUUGAAGGAUUGGAUUGACUGUGCUUCUUUUGAUACUUGUCUUGUUCCUAAAGGUUUGGUUUUGGCUCGUGAAUCUCUUGUUCAGGAGUGCAGGCGGACAAACUCCGGUGGGUUGCAGAUUGAGAACCGGUGUUGAAGGAAUUCUAGCUUGCUAGCUAGCUCUUCAUAUGAACUAGGUUUUCUAUAUUUACUUUUUCUAAUUAAUUUCUUCUCUAUGAGAUCUUUAUUUAAGUCUGUUGCCUUGUUAUAUAUGACUUUCUAAAUCAUAAAAGACUUAAUUAUAUGUGUUUAACUA